AUGUCGGAGACAACCAUUGCUUUUCGUUGUAACAGCUUUGUGCUGGUAGCAGCAGCAGGGCUGAAUGCCUUCUAUUACAUCAAGAUCAUGGACACGGAGGAUAAGGUCACGCAGUUGGAUUCCCACAAGGUGGUGGCGUGCGCGGGCGAAAACGGCCCGCGGGUCAAUUUUGUGGAGUAUAUCAAAUGCAAUAUGGCCUUGAAGCGAAUGCGAGAGCACGGUCGUGUUAUUAGAACUUCCGCCGCGGCCUCUUUUAUGCGUAAUGCUCUUGCCGGUGCCCUGCGCAGUCGCGAUGGGGCGUAUCUUGUCAACUGCCUUCUUGCCGGCUAUGACGUUGCGGCGUCUUCCGAUGACGACAUUGCCACGGGACCACACUUGUACUACAUGGAUUACCUUGGGACAAUGCAGGAGGUCCCGUAUGGGUGCCACGGGUACGGUGCCUCCUUUGUGAUUGCAAUGCUUGAUCGUCUCUGGCGUCCUGAUUUAACAGCGCAGGAGGCCGUGGACCUGAUGCAAAAGUGCUGUGAUGAAGUGAAGAAGCGUGUGGUGAUCAGCAACGACAAGUUUAUUUGCAAAGCUGUGACGGAAAAUGGUGUGGAACUUGUAAACACCGUGAGCUAG